AUGGGAAAACUCAAAUCCUCCACAGAGGCAAAGCCAACCCAAGACCAAGACCUCUUCAAUCCAGACAAAAUAACACUUCCACUCUUCCACCAACUAUUACAAUGCUAUCCUCAAACCGUGUCUCAUAUCCACCGCCGAAAAAUAACUCAGAAAGCCCAAUCGAAGUCCAAAACAAAGGGCUCAAAAAAGCGCCCUGCUGAAGAGUCAAAGACCACUGAUCCAGAUGUACAGACGCGCAUCGAUGCUGAUCUUGAUAAGUUCCUUGAACUUGAUCGCUGGCGGUAUGAGGAUAUGUCCAAGGGUAUUGCUUCGCGACAGGUGAAGAAGGGGAGUGUCCUAAGCAAGGAUGAAGCUGUUAGUAUUAUGGAGUGGAAGAUCACACAUGGUCACUCCCGUCCCAUGCUAAUGGGAUUAAUAAGGUCCAACGCUGAACCCUUGGUUUCAAGUUGUGUAUCUGCUGCCUUAUCUGCACUUCCAAAAGCAGACUCCGAGGAAUUCCCACAGGCUAGUCUAGAUGCACUCCAGCCUCUUCGUGGUGUUGGUCCUGCGACAGCAUCGUUGAUUCUUUCCAUCAUGACGGGUUGCAGUGAUACAAGCAGACAGGUGCCGUUUUAUAGUGAUGAUGCUUUCCUUUGGCUUUGUUUACAGGCGUAUCCUAAGAUCGAGGAUAAUGCCUCAGAGAAGGAUGUGAAGUCUGGGUUUACCAACCUGAAGCCUUCGCCUGUUGUGUUGAAGGUGAGGUAUACCCUUAACGAGUAUCGGGAGCUCUGGGAUGCGAGUAAUACGCUACAUCGCCGAUUAAACGAGGGUCUGGAGGCGGGACAGGAGCCUGUUUCUCAGAAUGAUAUCGAGAAGGUUGCUUAUGUGCUUCACAAUAUUGAUGUUUCGGGAUUUCAGGUUGAUGGUAGUGUGGCUGGGAUUCCUGAUGAUGCUGAACCUGAGACGGUGAAGCUUGACGAGGUGGUUGAGGAAAAGGCAGCUGGUGAAGUCCAAGCAGGGAGGAACUUAAGGAAGAGGAGAUCUGAUGUGGGUAGAGUACAGGAGGAGAAGAAGCGAAAGAUUAAAUGA